CAACCAAUCACAGACUUGGUUUCAAAAAUUCUGAUUGGCUCUUACGGUCUCCAAUCAGCUCGCUAGCUGCUGCAUUCCGGACACCGGAAACACUGUCCACUCAGCCUCGCUUCUUGCAGAUAGAGGGAGUUUUGAUUUACUCUGCAGCCAAAGAAGAGAUGGCAGAAUCAAAUAAUGGCUCCAAUAAUACUACACCACAGUAUCAGGGUAAUGGUGCAGUUGAGUCAGCAGUAAGAAAUCUGGUGUCUUUGCUGCUUAACAACAUAUCCACAAAUCCUUCAGGGAGGCCAACAGAGAGUGGGCAGCCGGAGCCUAGAACUCUGACUAUCCAGCAAGAGAUGACAAGAUCAUUUCCAGGACAUUUCAAAUCAAACUUGAGCCGUGGUAAAAAGAGAUGUUUAACAUCUACUAAACAGCUUGUCAAGGCAGGCAGUAAGACCACAGGCCUCAGUUUUUAUUUGCUGUCAAAAAACACAUCCUACACUCCUUUGCCAGCUGAGGAGCUUGAACUCCUACAAGCUGGCAUGGGGAGACAAACCGUGUCUCUUCCAGAAGAUGGUGACCAUGCAGAGAUUUCAAGACUUCUGGAAGAAACCUUUCCAAAAAUGGAAUAUCUUUGUGGAGGAUGGCUCUUGCAUAAGGCAACAGGUGGGAGUGGUCGACGAAAGCUCACUGUAAUUCCACCUGAAACAGAAGGAUAUUCUGUCAAAACACUGAAAGCUGUGUCAGGAGGUGGCAAAUCCACUUUUUACAUUGUACCUCUUCAGGAAACAUUAGACACAUCUCCUCUACCUCCCGACUCACAGCACUUUUCAAAGAUGCCAAAGAAGUUAUGUUACCAGUGUAAUGAAGUUAUGCCUCUGCAGAUGCUUGCAGUACACAUCAAUACGUGCAAAGGAAAAUUCUCUCCUGAUGAGACUGAUGAUGAGGAAUCUGAGUUAUGCAUUGUGAAACGCAAAUGCAAGGUUAUUUGUCCAAUAUGCACUAAGGACUUUCCUGAAGAUGAGAUCACAGUCCACGCAAGUCUGUGUGGGGAUAGCUUUCAAUGCAUGGUGCCUGAAGAAAAUGACCAAACUACAUGCACACCAACUCAAACUUCAGUAUGCACAACAGACAGCGUGGAAGAUGUAUUGCGUUGCCUUGAACAACAAGUCGACACCACAACAGAAUUUAAGUUGUGUGUGGACAGAGAAGACCUUCCAGACAGAGGCAUUCUCCAGUGGCAGAGAAAAAAAUCUGCAUCUCCCACCAGUGUUCUUAGGGUGGUUUUCAUUGGAGAGGCAGGCGUGGAUACAGGAGCACUUAGGAAAGAGUUUUGAGUGACAUGAUUUCAGGUAUUGAAAGCAGAUUCUUUGAAGGACCUGAGAACAAGGGCAAAAACCCCAAGUAUUCUCUGACCGAUCUUGAUAAUGAAAACUUCAGAACUGUUGGUGAAAUAAUUGCAGUCAGCCUCGCCCAAGGAGGCCCAUCUCCUGCCUUUUUCAAAGAAUGGUGCUACAAUUUCCUCUGCUCAGGAGAGGUUGAUUUCAGCUGUCUGUCUAAGGAGGAUGUUGCAGAUGUGGAAUCUUCCCUGCUCAUCAGCAAAGUUGAAGAUGCAGCAGACAUACAGUCUCUGAUGUUGUGGGCUGAUGAAAUUGUCACCUGUGGAUACACAAACCAGAUAAAGAUGGAUAGUAAGGAAAGCAUGAUACGUGCCAUUGUCUUACACUCUACAACAAGACUGAUUCCAAUGCUACAGCAGCUCAGAAAGGGCAUGGAACUGUAUGGUCUUGUGAACCUGAUGGCUGUAAAUCCUGAAGCUUGCCACAGUUUGUUUGUGCCUGGGAAAAUCCUCAAACCAGACGCUGAUUUCAUUAUGAUGAGCUGCCAACCACAUUUCAGUGAAAAGGGGACAUCUAGGGAGAGAACUGAGAGGAAGAUCAUAAAUUUUUUGCAAGAUUUCUUGCAGGAGAUUGAAGCAUCAGGUACUAUAUAGUAUUAGCUGUAUAUACCUAUAGUAUUGUGUAUAUAUACCGUAUGCAUCUGUUAAAUAUUUUUGCUUUAACAUACAGGGCACUAGGAAGUAUUCUUAGUUGUUAAUUUAAAACAUUGUAAUCCAGAUUGCUUUUUAUUUAGAAAAGACUUCAGAAACAUUUUCAAACAUCACAGAUGGAAACACAGGCGGUGCAGGUGGUGAAAAAUCAGAGUCUCUUGCUGUCCAGCAUGUGCUCCAGUGGAUGACCGGCCAGUCCAUGUUCCCAUCCUUCCUGAUGAAAAGAGACAUUUCAAAAUAACAUGCAAGUUUGACCACGAAUGUAAGGAGCGGCUGGGAGAUCACUCAAUUUGUUACCCAGUUGUGAGUGCAUGCACUUGUACUGUGACUUUUCCAGUGCAGCAUCUGGACACUUACACAAUGUUUAAAACCAUAAUGAGUGCAGCAGUUAGAUAUGGUGGUGGAUUCCACAGAGUUUAACACAUUGUUGUCUUGUAA